CCAUAUAUAUGGAGCUGUCUGUAGCAUUUGAUCACUACUACUACUAGUUGCAGCAACUAGUAGUGCCUUAACAAUGGGCUCUCUCUGGAAAACAAGUCUUCUUGAGGAGAAAUCUAACUGUACUAAGUACCAGCACAUGUUAUCAGAAUGGUAGCUUGUAUUGCUGCAGAGCCCAUUUCUAUCCUGGAAAGCAUGGAUUCUGUAGGAUAUGUAAAAUGGGACGUCAAACCUGAGAACUUUCAUCUCAGCCAGCCUGGAACUCCUCAAGAAAAGAAACCUUUUCUUGUAGAUCUUGGAUUAGAGGUGAUCGUUGUUGUGAUGAAGCUGCAGUGGUGGCGUAGGAAAUUUAGCUUAUUUUUUGAGGUCACCUAAUCUUCUACAACCUUGGCAAUGGCGGCUGCCUCUUCUUGGUUCAGGUGA